AUGGGAUCCUCGUACUCCACAACAUCCGAGGAUGUCAACCAUAUCCAACAUGAAGCUUCGGCCACCAUUAAAGGAAAUCAAAUGCAUUACCCAAGACACUCAGCAGAUGCCGUUGAGAGCUUCAACAUUCUCCGACAAAAGCUGCCGUCUGAACUCGUCCUGGAUAUUUUAGAAUUCGCAGAGUAUUGGGUGUUAUCUACCGUCUACAGAGAAGACAGCAUGGAGUAUAAUGAAGCCGACUGUCGCGAUCGAACCCCAUAUUUGACAUCUGAGCCCAUUCAAGGCGAGCGAUUUCCCGUUCAGGAGGUCAGAAUCAACAUCUUGAGCCAUGAUCAAGGAUGGAGCAGCUAUCGCGAAGAUCAUGGAACCUUCCGAAACUCUUGGACGUGGUUCGAUCUUGGUAUUGAAAGAUCACCUGGACGCGAUGAUAUUUCCACGGAUGAAGAUCUUCGUCUGGCGACCAAUGUCCACGCUGGGCGCGAAGCCAUGAACCACCAGAUUACGUACCGGAGGGACCAGAAGCUCCGCUGGAUGCAAAAUCUUCAAGCAGGUGAUCGGAUUUCGAUUGUGCCACGGGCGCGUUUUCCUGGCUGGAGGAAUACCGUGGAAAAGGCUUCUAUUGAGGUUUACACCAGCCCUGUUCUGUGA